UUCAUCGUGAGCCAAAGAUAAGGCAUAGGCGUUAAUAGUUUUCAAAUCCGUGUGAACAUAGUCUGCAGUUCUAUCUUCACUCCACUGAUGUACAAUCAGUGCUUUUUCAUCGAUAGUCAUUUGCGUGCGUCAAAUUGGAAUUUCACCAAAUGAAAUUAAAGAUGCAGUCAAAAUUGUCUUACACCAACAACGUUGAGCCUAAUAUCGAAAAAAAGAUGGAUGAGUCUGUUUUUGAACAAAUAUGUGAAGCGAUAUUUCUGCUAAUUCCAGAAGGUAUACAUCACUGUAGAAGUUAUAAUCUAAAAAGUCAUCCUAAACUGAGGUCAAUUUCCUGCCUUGCGUAUUUACUAGUGCCACGAUUGAAGCAGUUAUUUUUGAGCUGGAGUCUGCUUAGUCCCGACGAAAAAUUACAAAUUGACACCAAAGUCUGCUCAUGGUUCAAUCCCGGUCGCCGCCAGCUCUAUAAACCGUUACAAGAAGCUUUGACACGGUGGGAGAAUGUACAAGACACGCAAGGUGCUCCUGGUUGUGAGCCAGGAAUGGUAUCAUUUUCAUGCGAUCCACAACUGGAAGAAGAAUUAGUCAACGUAAUAUGCAGUUUAGAAAUGAUGUUUGCAAAGCAUGAGAAUAAAGACCAAGCAACAGAGCCGUGUAACACCACUCACUGCUCAAGAGUGUUAGAGGAAGCAUCUUUGAGCGCGCGGAACAGUCCAAGAUCUGUGGGAAGUCCAAAAGAUCGAACUCUACAUUCGGUAUAUAGUUGUGGCUAUAUUACAAGCAGUAAACAUUCCGAAGAUGAUUUCAGCGGAUACAUGACGAACUGAAUUUUAUUAUCACAGGCGUUUUAAUAUCUAAUGUUUUUAACAGUUACCUGAGACUUAAGUUAACGUUUUUGC